CCUGCCUCCUUCUCCCAUAUCCCCGUGUGUCCUUUUUUUUCCAUUAUUUAUUCUUCAAUUUGAACAAUAUAUAAUCAUCGUUCAUCCCAAUUCAUUCUCUUCAUCGGUCUAACUGGAUUUGUUCGACAGCUUCAACAAUCAUCACAAACUCUUUACAGCUAACAUUUCAAUUGUUUUCUUCGUCAAUCCAAUCAGGUUUUUUGAUGUGUAAGGGUUCGAAGAGUAAGCUUUGUUCUACAACUUUAAUCAUGGAAGGAGAAAAGUUUCAAGAAAAUAAAAAUGGAUUUUUCUUGAAAUCUUCGAUUUUACUGGAGUUAGCUGCUACCGAUGAUGUUUCUGAGUUCGUAACCACGGUAGAACAGAAAGGGAUGAAUUUAGACGAGUUUAGCUUCUGGUAUGGAAGAAGAAAUGGGUCUAAAGGGAAGAUGGGGUUUGAAGAACGAACUCCACUUAUGAUUGCCGCCGUCUACGGAAGCAUCCAGGUUUUGAAAUAUAUAAUCGGCACUAAAAAGGUAGAUGUCAACAAGCCCUCCGAUUCCGACGGCGCCACCGCCCUUCACUGCGCCGCAGCAGGUGGGUCUUCUACAUCCAUCGAUACAGUGAAGCUUUUGAUCGAGGCUUGCGCCGAUCCUAAUCUAACCGACGACAACGACAAUAAACCAGUUGACUUGAUUGCCCGUGGGAUCAAAUCGUCCAAACGGAAAGCUUUGGAGAUGUUAUUGAGGGGUUUCUCUAUAAGCGAUGAGGAAGAAACCGAAGAAACAGAAACAGAGAUUAUUGCGGCGAAGAAGGAAUACCCGGUUGACGUAUCGUUGCCGGAUAUUAACGAUGGUGUUUAUGGUACUGAUGAGUUUAGGAUGUAUAUGUUUAAGGUGAAACCAUGUUCCAGAGCCUAUUCUCAUGACUGGACUGAAUGUCCGUUUGUUCAUCCCGGCGAGAACGCACGGCGGCGUGAUCCGAGGAAGCAUCAGUAUAGCUGUGUGCCAUGCCCGGAGUUUCGUAAGGGAAGCUGCAUCAAAGGAGAUAACUGCGAAUAUGCACACGGGGUGUUUGAAUCUUGGCUUCACCCUGCUCAAUACCGGACUCGUCUCUGCAAAGAUGAAACUGGUUGUGCAAGAAAAGUUUGUUUUUUUGCUCACAAGGUCGAUGAACUCAGACCUCUGUAUGCAUCUACUGGUUCAGCUGUUCCAUCGCCGAAAUCAGGUCCAAUCGAAAUGGGUUCGAUGAGUCCGAUGGGUCUUGGUUCAACUUCACCCAUGUCUCCUUCUAAUUCUCCGGCGAACGGGAAUAUGUGGCAGAACAAAUUCGUUCAUCUAACGCCACCGGCGCUGCAGCUUCCCGGCAGUCGUUUGAAGACGUCUUUAACUGCCAGGGACUUGAAGAUGGAGAUGGAGAUGGAAAUGGAGAUGUUACAAAGGCAGCAGAUGAUCGACGACUUAUCAUCCAAUCUUUACAACAAUAGAUUUGGCGAAAUGAAACAAACUAAUUAUGAUGAUGUUUUUGGAUCUCAAAUACAGGGUUUGUCUCCAAAAGUGUCAUCUACACAAUCUCUCUUGCAGUCUCCGUCAGGCCACCAGAUCCGGCAGAACUCGAGCCCACUCCGGGCAAACUACCCAUCUUCUCCGGGGAGAAACCCCACAAGUUUUGGGUUUGAUUCAUCGGCUGCGGUGGCACAAGCAGUGAUGAAUUCAAGAUCUGGUUCAUUCGCCAAACAACGAAGCCAGAGCUUCGUAGACCGUGGUGCCGGAUCCACCAUGAGCCUCCGGUCAGUGCCUCCGUCUUCCACUUAUUCCGAAUGGGGUUCGCCUGAUGGAAAGCUGGAGUGGGGGUUCAACAGCGAAGAUGCUUCUAAGCUUAGAAAGUCGGCAUCUUUCGGGUUCAGAAGUGGGAACGGGGGUUCACCAGUCAAAGGGAAUCACGAGCAAGAUGGGCCAUGGGGCGGCGCCGGACUGUACAGUUCAUCGGAAAAGGUGCCACAAUGGGUUGAGCAGAUGUAUAUAGAUCAAGAACAACUGAUGGCAUAACAGCAAAAGCUUCAGCAAUCAAAAAUUCUUUGAUAAUCCUUGAUCACAUAAUAUUUAAUUAGAGGAACAAGGAUGAUUAUCGAUUAACUUAGAUCACAAAGAAGUGGAGUUUCUUUUAUUUUAUUUUUAACAAUUGAUGUAAUUUUUUCUUCAUAAUUUCCCAACUGGGGAUUUAAUUGUUUAUUUAUUCAAUCCACAUCUUUAAGAUGAAAUCAAAUGUUUGAUUAUGAGUG